UGAACUAUGCAUACUCUGUUCUUUAUAAACAUCAUUUUUGUGACGUACAAAAUGCUGAAGUUUUGGUGUCUAAUAGUGAAAAUCUAACAUGUAACAAGAAAGGCUAGUUGCUCCCAUUAAAUGCACUUAGCCUGACGGUGGUUAAUAAAGCCCUGAGGGGAUCCUCUCCAAGUUUAAUUACUGCGAGACUAAUAGCCACUAAAGAAAAUAAGAUCUGCUAACAGAGUGCGAUCAUUUGAACAUUUCCAUCAGCUUUCAAAAGUCUCACAGCUGUCCUCUUACCGCGGCCUUUGUUCCGUCCAAUACAGCAGAGACUGAAAACCUACUUAGUUAACGUUAAUCAGUAAAUCCAGCACCUUGGAGGCCAAAUUGUAUCCACUUUACACCACAAUAGACACAUUGUCUCCAAUUCUUUGUAAUUAUCAAAGUCAUAUUCUCCCAUUAGCCACCAGUGUAUUUCUUUGACCUCUGGACUCCCACCGGUGUAAUUGCACAUCACCGCCCCCAAUAUAUUUUUUCUCCUCUUUCCUCUCUUUCCCAUCUUUCCUUCAGGCAGCCUAUGUGCUCCAUUUCAACUCUCAUUGGUGUGGAUGGAAAUCUCUGGAAUUAAAUUAUCAAGGAAAGUGUGAUGCAUCUCACCUUCCCGUGGCGCCCUGCGAGGGCAUGAGGCUGCGAGGCCGGAGGGAUUUCUACCCCGACUCCUACCUGCAACUGGCCCCUCCUCCACCUAGUCCUGUUGCCUGGUUGCCCGGGGUCCUCAGCAAGGGAGUACGCCUUCGCCUGCGCUUGGAUCGCCUUGACAACCGUGGGCGGGGCUGCUGGCAGCUGGUGGACUCGGAGGAGGAGUCAGAGCCAGUUGGGCCGAGGGGCCGGGCCAACGACACCUGCGCUCAAAGUCUGAUGAGUACGUUGUACGCCGGCUCAGAGAUGCAGAGUCCCGCUCUCGGCCCCCAGUUCGCAGCGGGGCCCCAGGGCAAGGUGCCCGGCAGGAAGAGAGGACGGCCUCCCAUCCGUAAACUGGAGUUCCAGGGCCACUACGCUGAGACCAUGUCGCCUCUCAAGGUGCCGAAGAAGAGAGGCAGAAAGCCCGGCUUUAAGCUGAAGCCCAGGAUGGUGAUGUCCCCACUAGCUAACUCUCCUCCCAGCAGCACACCGGGACCCGAGAUGGGCUCCAUCCCUCAGGAUGCUGCCAUUGUCCCCCACUCUGCCACACCACAGGUCCUGACAGCAGAGACGUCGAUGCCCGACGACUUCUUGUGUGACCCACCGGCGGACUCCAAGCGGUACGCCGUGGACCCCAGCGACUCCGCCUUCAAUGUCAUGACAUCACAGUACCCACCGAAGCACUCCUACGGUCACCGUGGCAGCAGUUGCUCCACCCCCAUGGGCCUGUGCAGACAAGCGUCGAGCCCCGGAAACUUCCAGGAUGCAAACAGGAGUGCUUACAGUCCAAUGCCAGACUCGGCAGAUUGCAAGCGCCCCGCCGGCAAGGACCCGUCCGGCUGGAACGUUGAGGAGGUUGUUCGGUUCAUCAAAGACGCUGACCCCCAAGCCCUGGGACCCCACGCCGAUGCGUUCAGGAAGCAUGAGAUAGACGGAGACGCUCUGCUCUUGCUGAAAAGUGAGAUGAUGAUGAAGUAUCUGGGGCUGAAGCUGGGACCUGCACUUAAACUCUGUUACCACAUUGACAGGCUUAAACAGAACCGUUUGUGAUUUUCUGCAGAGGAGUCGAAACUGCUGAUCACCUUUCACUGAAACUGCAAACGCUGCUGGUUCUGUGAAACCUUUCCAGCCAACAGCGACACAUCAUGAAUGCCUUUGGAUCCGGAUUCGUUGACAAGUGGGACUGGUUGACUCUACAUAUUUCGACUAUUUGCAGCAUCUUCGUUCACCGGUUAUCUAAAUGGCUUUAGAUUGUAAAUAGCUUAGCUCCACGAAGAUGGCAGCUGCUGAAUACUGGAAUGGAAGCCGUCCAAUUUUCAAUCCUCAUCACGGACGCUGUACCAACACCCGCGAGACCCGAGGGGGGCUGAACAAACACGUACGGCGCUUGACCUUGGACAUGAUAUUUAAACUUUGUUUUUGGGAUACAGCACAAUGCUUCUGCAAUUUUGAAAUAAUGGUUUUGUUAGUUAGUUUUAUUGUGUUUUAAAUGUACAAUAAUGUUGCCCCAGGUAGCACUCCUAGACAAACUUUAACUUAUUACUGAUAUCGUCAACUUCCAGUAUGUAAAUCAUUUGAGUUGUUGUGAAACGCAAGAGUAUGAAAAACUGUAAAAAAAAAAAAAAAAAAUGUUUUGCCGCAGACCACCGCACAGUACAAGGGCGUUGCAUCCAUCAGAGGUGCAUCAGGGACAAGACAAGAAGGAAAUGAGACAUAUACAUAGUUUUUGUGUUUUUUAAUAUGUUUCUCAUGAUUUUAUUACAAACUGGUGCUCACUGAAACCGUUACUGCCACUACAAUCAAAACACGUAACCACACUUACCACCAUGGUUGACUUCCAAACCGUUUACAUUCUUCUCAUGCAAUAGUUUUUAGUCAUUUUGAAUAUAAAUGCAUCUCAGUCAUGUUUAACUCUGUCAAAAAUUAUGCAGUAUUUCAUCUCUAGACUAUUAAAAGUUAAAAUCCAUUGAGUGAGAUAUCUUGAGCAUUAUCUUGUAUACAAAUGAAUGAUCAGUUGAUGAUGACAAACAUUUGGUUAAAAACUUUUCUUUUUCUAACUGUACAGGGACCUACUUAUUAAUCACUUUAAUCGUCUGUGUUCUGUGGCUGUCUUUUCAUGUUGUCAAUACUGAGUAUGUCUAUGAAUGAUUGUAUGUAUUUCAUAACUUUCUUGAGUCAGAGGAAGCUUUCAGCAUUAAACUUUAACAUUUGCCUUUCCAAUUUGACAUCUUGAUUCAAGUCACUUGCAGGAAAUGAGGCUAUAUGUUACAACUACCCAAACUAGAAAUUUCCAAAUAUUUUCCAUGUUUCAAUUUUUUUUCAUCAAACUUGUAACCUAUAUUAAAUCAAUUUGGACUCCCUUAUGACCUUCCUUUCCUAUUCAAUGUGAUGUUUUUAACCCUUUUUGUUCAGAAAAAAUAAACUUUCAUGUUCAAUGAAACGUA